AAUGCCCCCUUUACCCCAGUUAAAUCAACAAAAUUUAUUACAAAAUUCCACAUCUUCCCCAAAUAAUAAUCAACAACACCUUAGCAAAAUUCCAACAACUUUGAGAAGGUAUCAAAGAAAGUCUCAAAAUUCUAACGAAAAAAGAAGAAGAUUAACUUUAGAUUUAAGUCUAUACACGGCUGUAGCCGACGAAGCAAUAAUGUUUAGUAGCGUCAAUAGUAACACAACAAUAACUUCUUCAACAGCAAUAACGUCUUCUACAACUUCAACUUCUUCAAACUCCUCAAAUGGAGGAGGAGGGGGUUGCCAUUAUAAUCUUCCCCCUCUUCCCUCCCCAGCUACUCCUCUUCCAACCUCCAACACCCAUUCUCGAGUUCAUUCACUUUCUAGAUCACAAACCCCGACAAACAACUCUUCCCCAAUGAAUGGGUCAAUGACAACAAUAUUUAGCGGAACAACACAAACAUUGCCUAGAGAAAAACCUCUAGCAUCACCCAAAUGUUUUGGCAAAAAUACUCAUAUUCUUAAAGAAGAAUAUGAUAGAGAAAGGCAGCGGUGGGAGAAGAAGCUUGAAGAAGCUGAACAGAAACUUUGUGAAGCUGCGGCUAAUAAUGCUGAAUUGUUUCAGACAAAGGCUGAACUUAAUAGAAAAAUUAUUGACUUUGAAAAGAGCCAGGCAAGAAUUUUUUUUGAAAAUUUUUUAAUAAAUUGAC